CGCAUAAGCUUUAAUUUAAGGUGUAUUCCAUUAAUCGAUAGAUCAAAUGAUUUUCUAAUUUAAUGUUUAUGAAAAUUUUAAAUACCUAUUGUGCACUACUAAAUUUAUGUGAACAUUUUAUAAUUUUUAAUUUUGGCGAAGUCAACAUAAUCAUCAAGUUAUUAAUAAUAAUGACCAGUAUUACAAUAUAAUAUCAAGACUUUGGCACUGGUUCAAUGACCAAAUUAUUCUGUAUAUAUUUUAGUGGACUGCAUAUAGGGUAAAUUUCGUUAUAAUUUAAAUUAACAAAAAUAAAUUAUAUACGGUGAAAAUGUUUGUAAAGGUUGUACGAAUGUAUGGGUAUUUUGACUAGCGUUGGAUAUUUGGGGUUUGGUUGAAUUGUGAGUAACAAGGUUCUAUCGGGGUUGUGGAGUCCCAAGGGUAUAGAACAACGAAGACAAGUAGAUAUAAAAAAAUAUCACUUUAUGCAAUUUUCAAUAAUAAAUAAAUUAGGAACAUAGUUUUUUAAAAAUUCUAUGUUUGACCAUCUGUUAAUAUAAUAUUUAAGUGGCUUCAAAUCAUAAAAAUGCUAAAUCGAGUUACCAUGGAUACACUAAUGUUUAUUUUUAAAUACAUAUUAGUUUGUUGUUGCAUUUAGUCCAGAAGAGCUAGUCUUUUGUGCCUAUAUACUAUUAAAAACAGUCACAAUAAAUUGUGAAAAAAGUAUUUUGAUACAUUGAUUUUUUGCAAACAAUCAAAUUACAAUGACGGUAAAAAAAUUCUUUCGUCGGUUGGCAAGGGCCUUUACGUGUUGUCUUUCCAAAAAUCAGCGUAAUAUAAAUGAAAGCACGGACUGUUACUUAAGUCCAGUUAGUAGACAUGAUAUUCGGGAUUCAGGAACUCAAACAAUGACGACGUUAGAAAAUGUGUCUAAUGAAAGGGUAAAUAUUGUUGACAAUAACAUUAACAAGACUGUGGAGGGAUGUGAAAUGUUCGAAAAAGAGGUUCACGAACUUGGUGUGACGGAGCCUAACAUGACAGAUAUUGAAGGAGCAGCCAUUGUGGAAAAGAAAGACAUGGAGUGUUACUUAAGUCCAGAUAGUAAUCACGAUAUGAAAUCUGGCACAAUGCACAACGAGGAUUCAGGAACUAAAACAACGACGACGUUAGAAAAUGUGUCUAAUGAAAUGGUAAAUAUUGUUGACAAUAACAUUAACAAGACUGUGGAGGGAUGUGAAAUGUUCGAAAAAGAGGUUCACGAACUUGGUGUGACGGAGCCUAACAUGACAGAUAUUGAAGGAGCAGCCAUUGUGGAAAAGAGUAAGCAAGAAGAGGAAGACAUGGAGUGUUACUUACGUCCAGUUAAAACACGUAGAUUUAAAAAAGGUACAAUAUGCUUCUUCGGAAAAAAGAAUAAUUCUGGCACGAUAACUACAGAUAAUGGGCAAUGUUAUAAGUUCUAUAGAGAAGAUUUAAAUUUAGGUUUCGAUCGACCUUUUAAAUAUCCACAAAAAGUGAAAUUUGUUGUUGAUGAUUCACAGCCCAAAUGGGCCUAUGAUGUAGAAAUAAUUGGAGACCCUUAUGUUCGAAGGUGCUGUUAUUGUUUAAAAGAUGAUCAUGUUGGUUUAGAAGACUGUAUGAAGUUACAGAUAGACUCUUAUAAUUUUUACUAUCCUUAUUUAUAACAUAACAAUACAAAACCAGCAGUUUGUAUUAUUUAUUCUGUUAAUGUUUCAAUUGAAUUUA